ACCAUGGUACUACUGAUGGCUAUAUCUAUUGCUCAUAUUACAGUAGGUGCAAUGUAUACACAUGAGUGUCCUCAGCAGCACCGCAUCUCUGUGUAUCUGGUGGUGUGUGGAGUGUGGUGUACAGUUUUACUCCUUGUCCUGUUCUACUGCAUGACCUAUUUGAAUGAAAUACCCUGCUCUUUCUGGAGCGGUGCUGUGGCUGCCUUCACGUUCUGCUGGUUCAUCAGUGGCAGUUUUUGGACCUUCUCCAUCUACCCCCCCAACUACAACUCCACCCUGCCUGGAGAGCUGUACUGCAACAAGACCCUCUACAGAUUUGCCUUCGUGACCAUCAUAUUGACAUGCAUUACCUUAGUAAUCCUGUUGGUGGUAGGGUGCUGUGUACUUAUUUGUAAGUAUAGAACUCAGUAGCGUGCAGUAAAUACAGUGGGUACCCCUUCUGCAACCACCCCCCCACCCCGCAGCGGGAGUUCUGUCGAAUUUCCCGUCGUCCGACAAAGUAGGCUAAUUCUACAAUAACUACAUAUUCUCUUUCUUGACUUACUUAUAUUAACUUAAUACACAUCAACAGCCCACAAAUACAGCUACAAACUACAAAAGUAUACAAUAGACCCAACAAUAAAUGCUUAAUUUGCCUACAAGUACAACCGUUCAACAAAGAUCACUCAUUUGCAGUGUUGGGAACGUUACUUUGAAAAAGUAAUUAGUUAUAGUUACUAGUUACUUCUCCAAAAAUGUAACUGAGUUAGUAACUGAGUUACUCCAUUACAAAAGUAACUAGUUACCAGUAAAAGUAACUAUUACGUUACUUUUGCAUACCUGUCAAGUUUUGAAUUUAAAAAUAAGGGAAAUUUUCUGCCGCCUGCUUUGAGCCAUCCCACUAGCCCAACUGAGGUUCAGUAUCCCUUACAUUUUAAGACAGGUUGACAGGAAAUUUAAAAUAACCACAUGUGAAACACUUACAAACUACAAUUAGAUGAUGAGAAUAGAAUUAGGCCUACCUUUGUUGACAUUGAAAUGUUGUGGACAUUCCUACAUAUGUAAUUCUUAUAAUACAGCUAAAUGAAAACACUUUUCCAGAUAUUAAGUCUUCACUUUUCUGUCAGGGAUGCACUCUUUUAUGUUAUUUUUUUUUAUUCAAUGGAUUUAAAAUUGAACAAAGGGUGCACAAAUUUUGCAAAAUUAGCUUUUACUAAAGGACAUGGACCAGAUAUAUUCCAUCAAUGAAUCCAUUCCUCAAUAAAGUAUGCAAAACAGUACAUCAACAAUGGAUUUCAUGUAGCAAUUUAAUAAUGGAAACAAUUCACUUGUUUCUGUAUAAUACACUGCUGGAUUUACAUAAUGAUUGAGUUAUGGUCCACAGUGGGCUAAAGGAUUUUAACAGGUAAACUCAGCAAAGGAUUGUUUAUUAGCUGAUCAGUUGGAUCAGGUGGAAAACACACAAUUUAGAGGCAGUGAGCAGAGUUCAGAAACUGCUUUAAACUACAAACAUAAAGUACUGUACUGAAUUCUGGCUAUCCUCUACAUGCAGCUUCUAGCAAACCUGUUAGCUAAAUGAAUUUUCGUUUAUUAUACCUUACAGUAAGUCCUGCAAUUCUAAAUUAGUAAAUACAAGUAAAAACAAAUAAUUAGUUACUGGCUGAUCAGGUACAUCAGGGCACGUUAAACAUUAUUUAUAUAUAU